GGCCGUAGAGAGACGUGCUCGUGAGUGAGGCUCGGGCACGCGCAGACGGAGGACAGCCUGCGAGAGAAGCGGAAGAGGGCGACCGCAGCCCUGCACUCACUCGCCGUAAACACGGACUUCUUGUGGGACAAGAGAACCGGCCUGGCUGCGAGAACGAUGCCGCACUCCAGACGGUACCGUUCAUCUGAGAGGGGCAGCAGAGGAAGCUACCAUGAACGCUACAGAAGCCGCAAGCACAGACGGAGAAGAAGCAGGUCGAGAUCCAGCAGCAGUGGAAGGGGUCGUGACCGGCGCUACAGACAUGGAGACAGCUAUCAUGAGAGGUCUCACAGCUAUGAAGCACGAUCUUCAGACAGACGAGCGUAUGACCGCAGAUACUGUGAAAACUACAGAAGGAACGGCUACAGCCGAGAGAGGGGAGAUGUCUACUACGAGGCAGAGUAUCGCCACUCCUACGACUACCGCCGAUCCCGAGACGACAGCUACCGGAGCUGCAAGAGCACCAGACGCAAGCAGAAACGCAGGAAGCGUAGAUCAAGGUCUUAUAGCCAGUCCUCAUCGAGGAGUCGCCAGAGCAGCAGGCAGGCCAAGAGUGUGGAAGACGACGUGGAGGGGCACCUGAUCUAUCGCAGCGGCGACUGGCUACAAGAAAGAUAUGAGAUUGUCAGUACUCUGGGAGAAGGGACAUUUGGCCGAGUAGUGCAGUGUGUAGACCACCGGAGGGGAGGCAUCCGGGUGGCUUUAAAAAUCAUUAAGAAUGUGGAAAAAUAUAAGGAGGCGGCACGACUGGAGAUAAACGUCCUGGAGAAGAUUAAUGAGAAGGACCCAGAGAAUAAGCACCUCUGCGUCCGCAUGUUUGAUUGGUUCGACUAUCAUGGACACAUGUGCCUAUCCUUUGAACUUCUGGGCCUCAGCACGUUUGACUUUCUCAAGGAAAACAAUUACCUUCCGUAUCCCAUUCACCAAGUGCGGCACAUGGCUUAUCAAGUGUGCCACGCAGUGAAAUUUCUUCAUGACAAUAAGCUGACGCACACAGACCUGAAGCCGGAGAACAUCCUCUUUGUGAACUCAGACUUUGAGCUGAGCUACAACAUGGAGAAGAAGAGAGAUGAAAGGUGUGUAAAGAGCACAGAUAUCCGGCUUGUGGACUUUGGCAGUGCCACCUUUGACCACGAGCACCAUAGCACCAUUGUGUCCACACGGCACUACCGUGCUCCAGAGGUGAUUUUAGAGCUUGGCUGGAGUCAACCUUGUGAUGUCUGGAGCAUCGGGUGCAUUGUCUUUGAGUAUUAUGUGGGUUUCACCCUCUUCCAGACGCAUGACAAUCGGGAGCACCUGGCCAUGAUGGAGAGGAUUCUGGGCCCCAUCCCAACCCGGAUGAUCAGGAAGACAAGGAAACAGAAAUACUUCUACCACAGCCACCUCGACUGGGACGAGAGCACGUCUGCGGGCCGAUAUGUGCGCGACAACUGCAAGUCCCUGAGGAGAUACAUGCUGGGUGACAGCGAGGAGCACCACCAGCUCUUUGACCUGAUUGAGGCCAUGUUGGAGUAUGAUCCGUCCAAGCGCUGCACGCUUUCACAGGCCUUGAAGCACGCCUUUUUCAGCCCGCUGAAGAGUGACCACGCCUCCAAGCACUGGGACCUGGGUCGGGACAUAAGCCGAUGAGGCCGUUUGUGACAUAGUCUCUAUAAAUAUAUAUAUAUAUAGUGUAAAGGGGCGAGCAGCGCCUGCCGUGUACAUAGAUGAGCUUGCUGCCCCCGUGGUGGUGGGUUACACUGCUCCUGUACAGUUGUCCUAUAUUUAUGAUGUCAGUGUUAUGGCGGCGACAGCACGCUACAUUUCGCAGUGUUUUUAUAUAAAAUGUUUUGUACAGUGAUUUGUGAGAAAUAAAACACAAGCUGUUUGUA